AUGGCCCACAGGCUGGCGCCCAGAGGCGGCGUUGACUUGGAGGCUUUGUCCCCUAGGGAUGCCAAUGCCCAGCGAGCGCCCAAAACCACCGACAUUAAGACGAAGACCGCCGCGCAACUGAGGGCGGCCAAGGACAAGGAGCACCCUCCUCCGCCUCCGCCUGAGGUCAUCGAGCCCCCCAGCUCUGAUCACCCCGAUGGCGCUGUAUAUCAGAUCGGAAAGUUGCUGGGCAAGGGCGGCUUCGCUAUCUGCUACAACGGCCAGCUUCUUCCUUCCAAACAGAGAUAUGCCCUGAAGAUCGUCAAGAGCCACAUGCCGCCCAAGAUGGAACAGAAGUUUCAAACCGAGCUUCAAAUCCACUCCAAGAUGAAGCAUAAGAGUAUCGUGCAAUUUUUCAGAGCCUUCUCAUUCGAAAAGUCCACGUACCUGGUUCUCGAGCUCUGCCCUAACGGUUCCCUCAUGGAUAUGGUGAAGCGCAGGAAAGGCGUGACAGAGCCCGAGAUCCGCUUCUACUCUGUCCAGAUUGCUGGCGCUAUCAAAUACAUGCACAGCAAGGGGAUUAUCCACCGCGACCUGAAAAUGGGAAACAUCUUUCUCGACUCCCAGAUGAACGCCAAAAUUGGCGACUUUGGUCUUGCCGCCUUGUUGGUGACUGGUAGGGACAUGCACACCAUUCGCCGAACCACCCUCUGUGGAACUCCUAAUUACAUCGCUCCCGAGAUUCUGGAAAAGGGAAGAAAGGGCCACGACCACAUGGUCGAUAUCUGGAGCUUGGGCAUCAUCAUGUACGCCAUGUUCACUUCGAAACCUCCUUUCCAGUCUUCCACAACCGACGAAAUUUAUCGCCGAGCCAGGGAGAGAGAUUAUGAGUGGCCUACCAUGGAGAAUUCACAGAGAUAUAUCAGCCAGGAUGCUAAGGAGCUGGUUGCCACGAUGCUCCAGGAUGCUGAUCAACGCCCCGACCCCGAUCUGAUCCUCCAGCACCCAUUCUUCACCACGGGAUAUAUGCCCGAUGAGGCGGAAAUGAGCCCUCGCCUGCGAGAGAUCCCCCCCGAGCGACAGGAAUUUUAUGUGACCAGGAUGAAUAGCUCAUUGCAGGCGCAGUCGCUCAGGAACCUGAAGGACAUGUGCCGGGAAUGUUGCGUUGGACCCUGGAGUGGAGGCCAGGUCAUCCACACACAGAUUUGGAAGGAAAUGGCGGCUGAAGAAAAGGCCGGCCUAACCCCCAUGAUCCCUCUUGAGGAAAACCUUGUCUAUCGGCCUUUUGAGGAUUGGUUGAAGGAGCAGCAGCAAAUGAAGGCCAGGUACGCGGCCUCCAUCUCCUCGCAAGCGGGCGGUUCCUCGGAUCAAUCCUCAGCCAGCCAAAGAGCCCCAGCUGGAUUCCUCCGACAGCCGCCUCAGAGUUUCGCCGCCCAGCAAAGAGCUCAAGGCCGCCCAGCUACCGUCUUGGCCUCGCGACCCAAGCCUGCUGCCGAUCCUGUACUCUCGGCAUCCCAGAGCGUCAGGAUGAGGACACGAAGGGAACUGCCACAGGAGGCUCCUCAAAAAGAACCCACCCAGUCAACUUACAGGAGCAUGCGAACUUCAGCACGAGCGAAUGUUCCAUCCUCGAGAUCGGCAAUGGUUGCCCCCGAGAGACAAGUCUCGGUCCCACCUGAAAGGGUAGCGACUGUAAAGCCGCAAAGGCCGGACUCUAUGCCACCCGCGACUCUCUUCAGCCCCUCGGAGCGGCAGAAGGACAUUUCUGGAACACAGCCUGAUGUGAUUCUGGAUCGAUUGCGCCGACUCCAGGCAGAACUGGAGCGGGCUCUGAACUCUCGAACGAUGGCCAUCAUCUCCUCGAAGUCUGUGGCGCCACCUCAUCCUCACGUUGUAGUCAAGUGGGUUGACUAUACCAACAAGUUUGGCCUUGGUUACAUCUUGAACGACGGCAGUGUGGGCUGCAUUCUCCGAGAUAUUCCAACGACGGACGGCAGCAAAACAGUGCUGCUCCCCCCUGCCGGUGUAUUCAUCCGCGGAGCUGAGAGACAUAUCUUGAGGCGUCAAGAUGAAUCCUACUCUGAUAGGAGCCAACCACUCCCGAUGACUGAACCUAUUAAGUUCUUUGAAAACAACGGUGAGACGGGUCUCUCGGAGGUUAUGGUCUCUCCUGAACAUUUCCGGGUGGCGGUGAAUGAGGAUGGCACCGCGGGCAAGAUGCAGCCUGGCAGGGACAUCUUCCAGCACCGGAAGAGGGAGAGAAUCAUUCUUUGGAAGAAAUUCGCCAACUACAUGAUUGCUUACGGGAGGGACGAUUUCGUGCCGAUUGAAGAGACCGACGCGAUUGGUGCCAUGUCCCCAGGGCGGAAGGGCACCGUGGCCGAACUUGUGACUUUCUACCAACGAUUUGGAGACGUCGGAUGCUGGGUCUUCUGUGAUGGUCACCUUCAAUUCAACUUCCCGGAUCAUACCAAGAUCGUCAUCGAUUCGACAGGUACCUGGUGUCACUUCUGGCACCUCCCACAGGAUGCUGCUGAGAGACUUGCUGCGACUGGCACAAUUGGAGCCGCUGCCUUGGACGAUCGUGCGAUGCUCUCGUACCCUCUACAGACUCUGUUGAACUUCCAGUCUAAGCCAACGGCGGCUCGUCCAAGCCGCACAAGCACCACGAGGAGGAGGCCAGAUAUUGACCCGGAACUACAGGGCAUCCCUGCCGCGAACGACUUCCGCCGGAAAAUCUCCUUCGUCAAGGACGUGGUCAAGGAAUGGGUGACAAAUGGCGGUAUGGGCAACAGUGAUAUGAGCCGGGAGGGCCGUCUUCGAUGGGGCGGUUUCCGAGAGACCAUUGGCGCGAACGCUCCCCAGAAGCACGUCUGGGUAACGGUUGGAUCCCGAUGGGGCGAUCAGCGACUGUCCACGUACGUCGACCCACGUAGGCCGUGGGAGCUGGGCGAGGACGUCGAUCCUGCGAAGCGAUGA